AUGGGUCGAUUGCCCGAGGCUCGUGUUGUUCCGUCCAUUCCAUUCUCUAGAACCGGUGUAGACUUCGCGGGACCGGUGUAUAUAAAGGUUGGUCUGCGUAAGACCGUUCGAGUAAAGGCAUACAUCUGUAUAUUCGUGUGUCUUGCCGUUAAGGCUAUUCAUUUGGAAUUGGUUUCCGACCUGUCAUCCGCAGCCAUCAUUGCAGCUUUACAGCGAUUUGUCAGCCGAUCACGGAACAAACUUUGCAGAAGCGCCUUCGCCAGUGCAAACCGGAAACAAUCGAAAGCGAAAACGACGAUGAGUGAAGCGACGACGACAACAGACUAUUGGGGCUGGCAGCUACUGCCCAAAGCCAGCGCGAAAAAGGCGAUUGCCAGCCGCAUCGGAAACAGCCAAGCGAUACACGAGACGAUAACUAUCCCGAAGAGAUCUCAUGCAUGGGAUGACGUGUACAUGAUACGAAGGCUAUAG